UUUCAUCACUGUGUUGCUCAUUUUGCAAGAAAAACAACAUACCUGUAGGCGAAACCCAGUGUCUCCGCCUCCUUCAAACUAUAUUUAUACAGUGUUUUGUCGUGAGAGCUCACUGAUUGUGUUCAUGAUGACCAUCAUCUCUCUGCUCCUGCUGGCCUCUCUGCUGCCACACCUGACCUUCACUGCUCAUGUGAAUGUGGGUAUAGUGAAUGGCAGGGAAGCAAAACCCCACUCCAGACCUUACAUGGUUUCUAUUCAAUCGAAUGGGAUACAUGUCUGUGGUGGAUCCCUCAUUUCUGAUCAAUGGGUCUUGACUGCUGCACAUUGCUGGGACAGAAAUGAGACUCUGACAGUUGUGGUUGGUGCUCAUGACUUAAGGGAAAGUAAGAAGUCAGAUCAUAUUGGAGUGAAGUCCUACAUCCAACAUCCAAGCUAUAGUGGUUCUUUUCAUUUCAAUGACAUCAUGCUUUUGAAGUUAAAGGAAAAAGUCAACAUUAACAACAACUAUGUUAAAUCGAUUUCAUUACCAAAGAACGGAGAAGAUGUUGAGGCAAACACUCUCUGUAGUGUUGCGGGCUGGGGACAACUGAAGAUUAAAGGCCAAAAGAGCCAUCGUCUAAUGGAGGCAAAUGUGUAUAUAAUGAAUGAAAGUGAAUGUCACGAGAGGUGGGGAAAUAUGUUCUCACAAACACAGAUGAUGUGCGCAUAUGGCCAUGGUGGAUCCUGCCGUUAUGAUUCUGGGGGUCCUUUGGUUUGUGGAGACACUGCAAUUGGUGUCACAUCUUUUGGAGAUAGUUUACUCUGCAAUUCACCUGUGAAACCUAAUGUGUAUAUUAAGAUUUCACUAUAUAUUCCAUGGAUAAACGAAAAAAUUAAAAUGUGAAGUGAGUUAAGUUCCUGAUUUUUUUUUGCAUGACCUCUUUCAAUAAAAGUAUCACUUGA